AUGGCUGUGGUCAACAUUUUCAUCCCGGGGCUCAGCCCCGAGAAUCCGCAUUAUAUUCCAGGGUAUACGGGACACUGCCCGCUACUUCAGUUCAGCGUGGGCCAGACCUAUGGGCAGGUGACUGGUUUUAUACCACAGGCACAGUUCAUCUUUGCUAAGAACUGCAACCAGGUUUGGGCUGAAGCUAUGAGUGAUUUUACACAAAGGUGCAGGGAGCGGGAGAGUCAUGAACUGUCAGGGGGAACCAAGGGAGAGAAAGAGGUGGAGAAAGACCAAGGGCCGGAGGCAGAGGAGCCACAGCUAAAGCAGAAGUCGGCACAUGUUUCCCCCUACUCCAUGGAUGAUACAGAUCCCCAGAAGUUCUUCAUGUCAGGUGAGAGGACGUGGGUAGUGAAAGGCAUGGGGAGACCUCAGGAUGUCCUGACUCAGCAUCUCCCCCACCCCCAGGCUUCACGGGCUACGUGCCCCGUGCUCCCUUCCUCAGGCUUCAUGGGCUACGCGCCCCGUGCUCGCUUCCUCAGGCUUCACAGGCUACGUGCCCCGUGCUCGCUUCCUCUUUGGCGGCAGCUUCCCUGUGCUCACCAACCAGGCGCUGCAGGAAUUUGGGCAGACGUGCUCACGGGGCAGGGCACAGAAGGACCCCAAACCUCUUCCCACGGCUUCCCAGCCCCAACUUUCAGAAUCUGGAUCUUCUGCUUCACUAGAGAGGCUACGUGGCAAGUGAGAAGAGCCCCUGAGAGGCUCCGGGGACUGUGGUGUGUGUGCAGGUGGGGUUCUUGGGGGAACUGGAAUAGACAGGCACAGAGAGAUGUCAGUCCAAUCCUGGGGUUUAGCUUUAGAGAGGAAACUUAG